AUGUCAAGUAAAAGACUUUAUGUGGUCAACGAAAUAGUGUCAACGGAAGAAUCGUAUUUGAAAGCACUCCAGACAGUGAUAGAUUUGUACGUUAAUCCAUUUUCAACGAAUGGCAUCAUCACGCCGGAAGAAGGGAAGGUCUUGUUUGGGAAUAUUAAAGAUUUGAGUGAAGGAGCGAGUUCACUUUCGACACAAUUGCAGGAAAGACUGAAGAGUUUUUCGAUGAAUGAUAACAUUUGCGAUGUCUUUUUGUUAAACAAAAAUAUCUUUGAAAGGUUUGGGAAGUACAUACAAAAUUAUGAUAAGGCAUCUGCACUGUUUGAUAAGCUGACGCAAAAAAGAAAGAAGUUUGAGGAGUUCUGUGAGGCGCAAAAAGAAGACCCAAGAAGUAAUAACGGCGAUAUCAUGUCGUUCUUGAUCUUCCCCGUACAACGUAUUCCGAGAUAUAUAUUACUCAUGAAGGAAUAUAUCAAAAACACCGAUAAGGAACACCCGGACGCAGCUAUAGCAGAACAAGUGAGAAGAUACCUUGAUUCUUAUGCUAAAGAAGUUAACUCGGUCAUUGCUGUUGAAAACAAUAAAAGAAUUAUGAGAGACUUUAUGAAAAAGUUUACUGAUAUGCCACCAGAGGUGAAAGACGAGCUGCUGAAUACGCCCCGCAAUUUGGUUCGUGAAGGAGUGUUGUUGAAACAAUGUCGAAAAGCACAGAAAGAAAGAUACUUCUUUUUAUUCAACGAUGCAACGAUUAUAUACGGCGAACAAGAAGGAAAGAAAAUCAUAUUCCACCAGAAGAUGGGGCUGAACUCCGUGAAAGAUGUUGAAGAUAGUGAUAACGGGAAGAAUGGAUUCCAAAUAAAAACGCCACAAAAAAGUGCCGUGGUGUAUGCUAAAGACUUGGAAGAUAAAAAGGCAUGGGUCAUCGACCUCAAUUUCAUGUUUACAGGAGAGAAGAAGUACGAGUUUGAAGACGUGGAAGACGACGAGACGACAGCACCAAUUUGGGUUCCGGAUGAUAACGUGUUGGAUUGUAUGAACUGCCACUCGAAAUUCACAUUCAUUAAUAGAAGACAUCAUUGCAGAAAUUGUGGAAGAGUGCUCUGUUCUAACUGCACAAAACAGAAGAUCAUUAUCCCACAUCUCUCACCAAAACCACAAAGAGUCUGCGACCAAUGCGCACUCAACGCUAAAAACAAAAAGACCCUUGAAGACGACUCUUCAGACGUUAAAAUUGAAGGAAUAGCCCCACCAAAAUUGCCAGAGAGCGCGCCUCCACAGAGAAAAGAAACAAUGAAAGUGAAUGGACUGUAUAGCAUUCAAGCACCAACAAGAGUAGCACCUGAACUCCAAGCGUACCCAUUCAUUAAUUAG